AUUCUUACCUAAAGCUCUUUGAAUGGCCAUAAAUUUGGUCCGUGCUAAGCUUGGCAAUUUGAUUUUUGAGGUUCUUGAAGAUAUUUCAUCUCUAGUCACCACCGGCGACGACGUUUCUAGUCCUAGCCCAGCAGCUAGUAGCAGCUCACCAGGCCACGGCGGCCGGCCGGUGCAUCAUCCUCAGCUUCCAGCCAUGGCGUUGGUCACUCUGCAGCGGUCCCCGACUCCGAGUGCCACAUCCACCGCAAGCACAGCAACCACCACCGCGGGGGAGGAAUUGGGGAGUGAAGAUGAACGGCGUACAAAUCAGAGCCUGAGUGAGAGCUUCUUCAUGGUGAAGGGUGCUGCUCUCUUUCUGCAGCAGGGGAGCAGUCACCAGGGCCAGAAAGUACAUCCUCACCACAAACAUGCAGGUGACUUACCUCAACACCUGCAGGUGAUGAUAAAUAUUCUUCGCUCAGAGGAUAGAAUCAAACUGGCGGUGCGGCUGGAGAGUGCAUGGUCAGAUCGUGUGCGGUACAUGGUGGUGGUGUACACCAGCGGGCGACAAGACACAGAAGAGAACAUCCUACUGGGAAUAGACUUUACCAGCAAAGACUGCAAAAGCUGUUCGAUCGGCAUGGUGCUACCUCUGUGGAGUGACACAAAGAUCCAUUUGGAUGGAGAUGGGGGCUUUACUGUGAACACGGCAGGUCGGACUCAUGUCUUCAAACCUGUGUCGGUGCAGGCUAUGUGGUCAGCCUUGCAGGUGCUGCACAAGGCAUGCGAGGUGUCACGGAGGUAUAACUACUUCCCUGGAGGCAUGGCUCUAACCUGGAUGGGCUACUAUGAGAGUUGCAUUGCUUCAGACCAGAGCUGCAUCAACGAGUGGAACGCCAUGAAGGACUUGGAAACCACACGGCCAGACUCACCUACUAUGUUUGUUGACAAGCCCUCGGUGAGAGAGAGGACAGAGUGCCUUAUUAAAGCCAAGCUCAGAAGCAUCAUGACAUGCCAGGACCUCGAAAACGUCACCUGCAAACAGAUCCGGACAGAGUUGGAGCAGCACAUGAACUGCAACCUGAAAGAGUACAAAGAGUUCAUUGACAAUGAGAUGCUGCUGAUCCUGGGCCAGAUGGACAAAGCUACUCUCAUCUUUGACCAUGUCUACCUGGGAUCUGAAUGGAAUGCAUCUAAUUUGGAAGAGCUGCAAGAGACAGGGGUGGGCUAUAUCCUCAAUGUUACCAGAGAAAUAGACAACUUCUUUCCAGGCACAUUCAGUUAUCACAACAUACGUGUCUAUGAUGAAGAGGCCACUGACCUACUGGCUCACUGGAAUGACACAUACAACUUCAUUGUUAAAGCAAAAAAGAACCACUCCAAGUGUCUAGUUCACUGCAAGAUGGGUGUCAGCCGGUCUGCCUCCACAGUCAUUGCUUAUGCCAUGAAGGAGUACAGCUGGUCACUGGAGAAAGCUUACAACUUUGUUAAGCAGAAGAGGAGCAUCACACGACCCAACCCAGGUUUCAUGAGGCAGCUGGCAGAGUACGAGGGCAUUUUGGAUGCCAGCAAACAGCGACAUAACAAGCUGUGGCAUCCAGACACAGACUGUGAGAUGGCAGAGGGGCAGCAGGGGUUGGCUCAGUGUUGUGGAGGGGAGGAGGGAGGCCACUUGACUCAAGAGCCAGGGAUGUCUCCCUGCUGUGAGGAGGUGUUGUCUGAUAGAGGUGCAGCAUGCCGCUCCCCAUGCAGGACUGUUGCUCUGGAGAUUGACCCUGCCUACAACAACUACUAUUUCCGCCGACUUUCUGAUUCAGCGCUGGACAGUGAGCCAUCGACGCCUGUGCGUGGUCCCCCCCUUCUUGGCAUGGAAAAGGUCUUUAUAGAAAUCGAGGAUGUAGAGCGAGAUGCUUUACUGGAUGAUGAGGCAUUUGAUGGGCGUGAAGGCCUGCCUCUCCCCCACUUUGGGCCUACAGCAGAGGGAACCGCUGCCCAGACCUGCAGUCGGUGCCCUGAGCCUCUGGAGGAGCUGCGACUGCGGCUGGAGUUCAGUACAGUGGAGGAGGAGGAUGAGGAAGAGGUGCAAAAGGAGGAGGCAGAGAUGGAGGUACUAAUGCAGCCAGAUGACAGAGGGUGUGGGGAAGGAGGUGGAGGAGAGGAAACACAAGAUGUGGAGGUAGAAGGGGAUUCAGAGGGUAAUGGGAUGGACCUGGCAUCCCUGAAUGAAAAUUCCAACAACAACAACCAUUUGAGCUCUCCACCUAGCCACAGUGAAAAAACUCACUCUGUCCUUCUUCCAGCUGAUGCUUCUCCGCUGCCUUGGUGGGAUGCUAAGUCCAAUCUGAAAGAAAGCUUUCCAAUCCUGGAUUCUAAGCUUUGCCUUACCUCCAGUCCUUCAUUCCCACAGUUCCACACUACCUCUUCUGAAGGCCUCACGUCUUCAGUGGGACUGCCACACUCUUGUGACCCCCUGUGCGACUGUGCCAACUGUGUUGCCCCCCCGCCCACAGCUCUGUUCAAUGGGGAGGAGCAGUCAGGAGAAUCACUGCACUUAGUGACGCCUGAGGACAGUAGUGAUUUGUUGGAAAUAAAGACUGAGCUUUACAAAAGGCAGCCUGCAGCUGCCUCAGAGGCUUUCCCUGAGCUGGUGAGAAUAGAUUUGGAAGAACAGAAGUCUGGUGUGGUUUGCAAUAUUGGCCAACAACAGGAGACCCUUUUACAGUUGCGGAGAUCUGGGCUAGUCCGCCAGCGUGCAGAGAGGCUAGAGAGACUUUCAGGUUUGUCUCAGGAAAGCCUGUGCUGUCUGAAGCCUUUGCACGCAUGCCAAAGGUCCAAGAAGAGCCCUUUCCACACUGAGGAGGAAGAGGAGUUCUCCAGUUUUACCGGGGACUUCAUUAAAUCUUCGACACCAUGCCAUGUGCGUUUAGAGCCACUGGUGGUGCCACUGACCAAUGAAGCCUUGUUUGGUGUAGUCGGUUCUGGGCUGCUCACACCAACCUCCUCCCCUCAUGGAUCCACACUGACACGCAGCUCCAGCAGUGACAGUCUGCGCAGCGUGAGGGGGAAACCCGGUCUCGUACGUCAAAGAGCAGAGGAGAUUGAGACCCGCAUGCGGCUCGCAGGCUUAACCGUGCCCUCGAAGCUGAAGCGGUCCAACUCUCUGGCCAAGUUGGGCAGCCUCACCUUCUCCUCUGAGGACUUGUGUUCAGUUUGCUCCUCAGAUGCAGGAACCCUUCUGCUCCUCUCAUUGUCCCCAGAGCCAGACCGUGGCCUGGAGUGGGAUCCCCUCACAACCUCUGCCCUGCCCCGACCCUGCAAGGACUUGCACACUCCAGAGAGAGCGGUAUCAGGUGAGCCCAGAAGCUGACACAUCAAGUGGAGGUUAUACACACUCCACCCAUCCCCUCAUUUGUCACCCUGUGCGGCUGGAGAGGGCUGUAACAGUUCUGGAAGUAGGAGUGAGCUGAGUCUGACGAAAGAUUAAAAAAAACCCACAAAACAAAGCCAAGUGUUGCUGUAAGGAGUGGACACUCUCCUUUGCCACAUUAUUUUCUCAAACUGCUGUUCACAUUGAAGAAGGUCAUAUCGCUGAAUCUGACAAGUGUGUGAAGCCAUCAGUUCACCGCUAACUUGUUUUGUUUCAUGGACAAACAAGUGCCUUACCUAUAAGACCAGAGGCACAGAGCUGUGUGUUAGACUACAGAAUGAGAAGAUGCCCUAUAACCUUUAACUUCACAGCUGUUAGUACCUGAUAUGUACUAAAUUAUGGUAUGGGAUCACUGGCACUUUUAUUUUUUACCUGUUUGUUACAAAGUGGUAGCCUACAUUGAUGACCUUGAGUCCCUCAGUGGACAGAGAGCAAAGUGUUCAUCAAUUUAGAGUUGUUUACCGCACAGUUUAUGUUUUAGAUGCUAGAGAGUUGUAAAAUUAAUGGUUACCUCAUGUUGCAUUCAUGGAGCUUAUUCUCAGAUGAACACUGAGCUAGUUUCAUUCAUGAUUUGCUGAUGUCAAGUUAAAUCGAGGAAAUCAGUUUCAAAGACAUUUUAAUGCAGAGAUGUAUGUUAGUACAUUAAUUUGUAACUAUGUGUGUCUCUGAGUGAGUGAGUGAGUGGAUUGAAAGUGGAGAAACAAGGUUGUGACAUUGUUUUACCAGAGGCGUGCUCACUGUUUUCAACAAACAGAAGAGAAACAUUUCUGAGUUUGUUGUUCCUUUGCACUGUUUUUUAUUGAGUGAAUACUGGUACGCACCAAGCUAUCUUCCAAAAUAACAUUAGAGUAAUGUUAUUGACUUCAUCAUUCCCUACAGCGUACAAUGUUCUUGGGAGAGUAGAGUGAGUUCCCAUGCUGGGUGGCUUGAAAUCAUCUUACAAAUGCCUGGAGUGACAGCGGAAGAGGGUUUAUGGAAGUCAAAUCAUAUCCUGUUUGUGAGGGUUUUUCCCAAGUGGAAGCUUUGAUGAGAUAUAAACAUAAAAUAUAUACAUACAAACCAUCUUUACCUUAAAUAUUUUCUUGAGGGUUGCCAACAUUUUAAACAUACUGUAUGUGCUUUUUUGAAAUGUGAAAGACCAAAGUUGUUUGACUGUCUCGACAAAUUGGAAACACCAUUGAAGCUGUACAAAAAUAUGUGAAUCAUAAUGUCAAUCAUGUACAUGUUUAAAUGCUGUCACGUCUUUUUUGCACCUUCUGGGAGAAACGGAAGAGACUCGGUGGAGUCGUCCGGCUCAUAGCUGUUAAGCUUUUAUGCUCAUAUCAUCAAUGAGCUUUAAAGCUUUUGUCACGCUGAGGUGACAACGAUCACCAUAGGUUACGUCACAGUUUGUAACCAUUUUUUUUAUAUUUAAGUAUGCAGUAACUUUUGUACUGUACAUUGCUGUAGUUUGAAUGCAUAUUGCACUUUUUAAGUUGGUCAGUGAUAUACUGUAUGUGCUAAUUAUGAAAAUAAACAUUUGGUUUACAUAAUA